AUGAGUAGCUGCAAUCCUGUUCAGAUUCCAAUUGUUCCUGUUACCCAACUUGUCAAAGACUCUAAUGGAACAAGGGUUGAUGACACUCUCUUCAAGCAAGUGGUGGGUAGCUUGAUGUACCUUACUACCACUAGGCCUUAUAUUAUGUUUGUGGUUAGUUUGAUUAGCAGGUUUAUGGGAGCACCUACUGAGAUGCAUUUUCUAGCUGCAAAGAGGGUUUUGAGAUACAUAAAAGGUACAAGUGAUUAUGGCCUGUCAUACAAGAAAGGAUCUGUAGAUUGCUUAGUUGAAUACAGUGAUAGUGGUUAUGGGGGUGAUUUGGAAGAUAGAAAGAGUACUUCAGGGUAUGCUUUUAUUUAUGGUUCUGCACCUAUUGCUUGGUCUUCAAAAAAGCAACCAAUUGUUACCUUGUCAACAACUGAAGCUGAAUUCAUUGCUGCAGCUCACUGUGCAUGUCAAGUUGUAUGGAUGAGAAGGUUAUUAAGUGAGUUGCAGUGUUCUCAAACUGAUGCAACUCAUAUUAUGUGUGAUAAUAGUUCCACUAUUAAACUGUCCAAAAAUCCAAUAAUGCAUAGAAGGAGCAAGCAUAUCGACAUCAGGUACCAUUUUCUUCGUGGUCUUGUCAAGGAGAAGGUGAUCGAACUUGAGCACUGCCAGAGUCAAGAACAAGUUGCUGAUAUCUUUACAAAGCCUCUGAAGUUUGAUUUAUUUGUCAAGUUACUUGGCCAACUUGGAGUGUGUUCUAAGAUUAAUAUAAACUGA